GCUGCUCAGGAGAUGAGGGACAUAUUCCAGCAUUUUUUCCCCCUCUCUUUUCUUUCCCCAGUUAUUCUCCCUUUGCCGUGGUUUUUCUUUCCCCGAGAGACUCGUUAAGAUUUCUCGAGGAUGCUUUUGAACCGUGCCGUGCCCUUUAUCUGCAGGAGAGUCCCGUUUGUGCUGGGCAUCUCUCAGCACACCCACUGCCUGGGCAGUCCUGCAGCGAGCCUCUCGGCGUGCUCCCCAGUUAGCUCCUGCGUGCCAGGAGUGAGACAACGGGGGAGAUUUUGUACUGAUUUUGAUUUUUCUUUUAAAGAAACAUGAGGAAAACCAAUUCCCCAGGCGCGUCCCGGGCGGUCCCGGGCAACCGGCUGUGCUGCAGGAGCUGAGCCGAGACAGUCAUUGACAAAACUUCCGAAAACGAAAAAAAAAGAAGGGAAAACUCUUUGCAUCUUGUUUCGGGAGGUGCUGUUUGCACGUGAGCUGCAAACCUGAGCCGUGCCCGUGCUGCUUCUCUCCCCAGACCCGGGCGCCGGCAGCAGCGGGGACCAGCGACCCCGCGUCCCCGUUUACCUCGGCGCGGGAGCGGAUCCCGCCGGCAUGCCUCUGCUCCACUUGCACCUGUACCUCACUGCCUUGGGCUGCUGGCUGACACAGCAGUGCGGCUCCUUGCUGCUGCCCAACGGCACCGAGCUCUCGGCCCCCCCCGGGCAGCGCUCCGCGGGGCUGCUGUGGGGCGGGGGGCUCCCCCGCAGCCGGCGCAAGCGAUACCUCUCCCCCCAGGACGCGAGCGUCAUUUUGGACUACCACAACGAAGCAAGGGCACAGGUGUCCCCCCCCGCUGCCAACAUGGAGUAUAUGGUGUGGGACGAGCGGCUGGCCAGGGCGGCAGAGGCGUGGGCUGCACGCUGCCUCUGGGACCAUGGGCCCCCCCAGCUGAUGAAAUAUGUGGGGCAGAACCUCUCCAUCCACUCAGGCAGGUACCGCUCCGUCACGGACAUGGUGAAGUCGUGGCACCAGGAGAAGCAGCACUACUCCUUCCCCCACCCCCAUGAGUGCAACCCCCGCUGCCCCUCCAAAUGCAGCGGCUCUGUCUGCAGCCACUACACACAGAUGGUGUGGGCAACCUCCAGCCGCCUGGGCUGUGCCCUGAGCUCCUGUGCCAACGUGCGGGUGUGGGGCAGCACCUGGCGACACGCCGUCCUCCUUGUCUGUAACUACGCCAUCAAGGGCAACUGGCUGGGAGAAGCACCGUACAAAGUGGGGCGGCCGUGCUCAGCCUGUCCCCCCACCUACGGCGGGGGCUGCUCCAACAACAUGUGCUUCAGCGGCCUCAAAUCCAACCAAGUCAGCUGGUUCUAGGGCUGCAGCCCCACCAGGAGCCCCUGGAAUGAGCAAUUAUUUAUGGCACUGACUCCCCCCAAGCAACCAACCAACUUCCAACCUGCUUCAUCCCCAGUGCCUUGUAGGAAACUGCGUUUUUAACACACCUCUGCAUCGGCGCUUGUGUUGUCCAGCUGCUUUCUGCUUUGGGGGAAAGAGGAACAGUUCAGGCUUCCAUUUCCUGAAAUACAGAUUGUUUUGGGGUGUGUGGGGGGAGCAGGGCAUGGCUCCUGCACUGCAGGCUUGGGGGGCUUUCCCCACUCCCCCUGCCUGUGCAAAGAUAGAGGCUGGUGUAAGUGAACACCAAGAUGUUCCCCUUGUGCUGAGCAGCUGGAGGAGUGGGAAGCUCUGAGUGUGCCCUGCUCCAUGGCAGCCCCUCCAGCCAUGGGGCUUCUGCCUCCAAGCCCCCCAAUAAAGCAGCCUGGAGACCCCCA